AUGAAGCAUGGAGAAAGAAUGGACAACUACGAUCCGCAGUGGGCUGAAUCAGAGCCAAGGCCAUGGGAUCCUCCUCUCACGGACGACGGGAAACUGCAGGCGUGGAGGACGGGUCAAAAGCUCAGAAGGGAAGGAGGAAAUAUAACCAGGGUUUUCUGCUCCCCUUUCUUGCACUGUGUUCAGACUGCGGCCGAGGUCGUUACAGCUCUCUGCGUCACAGAUGAUCACGCUAACGCUCCUUCCAGUAAAGAUGUUGUUAUCGAUCCUUCUAAGGUUAAGGUAUCAAUAGAAAUUGGUUUAUGUGACGUGAGGAUUAAGGUAACAAGAAUGAAUACAGUAUAUCUAAUGCUUGAUAGUUCAGGUGCAACGAUAACUGAAAUCAGGUCUCUUUUUGAAAAGGAUUCUAUUUCUGCCAUGAACAAGGUUUCACCUUCACAAGGGUUCCAUGAUUUCUUUUUGUAG